UUUCCUCUUUUCCCACUUCUCCUUAACAUGCUGUAAGUUUUUCCAAAAAUUUCAGCACCUCCAUGGCCAACGAUGAUGCUUCCUCCACCCAUGAUGAUGAUGACAUUAAUCCCACCAGCUCACUUCAUUCUUUUGGCCAUGAAAAGUCUUCUCCUUAUGACCUUGAAAGCCCUUAUCACUUGCUCUCUUCCGACAAUCCCGGCGUCUCUCUCGUCGGCCAGCCUCUUAUGGGCCUCGAGAAUUAUUCUUCUUGGUCCCUUGCCAUGACAAUGGCGCUUAAAGGUCGCAACAAAUUCUGUUUCGUUGACGGGACCUUACCGCCUCCUCCCGAGGGUCAUCGGGACCACGCUCGAUGGCAACGCAUAAAUAACAUGGUUAUGUCGUGGCUUCUACAUUCAGUCCAUUCAUCUCUUUCUCCCACGGUUUUAUAUGCUCCAGAUGCCGCCACUGUUUGGUCCGACUUCAAGGACCGCUACUCCACCGCCAAUGGGCCUCGCAUUUAUGAGAUUGAACGCUCAAUUGCCACUCUCCGCCAGCAAGAUGAUUCAAUUCCUGCCUAUCAUAACAAACUCUCAGGAUUAUGGGAAGAACUUAAUCUCCUGGACCCUCCACCGCAAUGCACUUGUACUGCCCGGGCAGCAUAUUUUUCUCAAAUCGAACGCCGUCGUUUGAUGCAGUUCUUGAUGGGUCUUCGGGAUACAUAUGCUCAGUCCCGUAGUCAACUCCUUCUCAAUACCACACUCCCUUCCGUGAAGCGUGCAUAUUCUCUUCUCCUCCAAGAUGAAGCCCAACGACUUCACGCUCCAUCUACUUCUUCCUUGGAACACACUGCCUUCCAGUUGGCUGCAUCUGCUCCUUCACCUUUGCUGCCAGAUUCUGCCCGACACCCGCCCUCUUCUGGAACCUCUCUACCUGGUUUACUUCCGUCACCUUCUGCAUUUAUAGCUCAGAAUCCAGCCGCCAACAAGCAGUCCACCCGAAGCUACUCCAAAUCCAAAUGUUCUCAUUGUGGUCUUCUUGGUCACACACAGCAGGUUUGUUAUCGCCUCCAUGGUUACCCUCCUGGUCACAAAUUCUACCGCAAAGGUAAUACUCACAGCUCCACUCCUACUCCCGCUCCUAAUGGUGGUAAUGAUCCUAUUCAAAAACUCCUUCGUUUGCUUCAAGAUUCUAAGGAACCUAAAGCUAAUAUGAUUGGACCUUUUGACGAAGAAGGAGAUUGGUCGGGGCCAUGAACGCGGUGGCUUAUAUGUUUUUUCCCAUUCUGAAUCUUUAAAUGCUCUUUUAAGUGUUUCUUCUGGCACAUGGCAUUCUCGCCUUGGACACCCUUCUGCUACUGUUUUUAAUCAUUUAGCUCCUUUAUUGGGAUGUUCUUCUUUUAAUAAUAUAUGUCACACUUGUCAUUUCUCUAAACAAACUCGUUUACAUUUUCCAUUGCAUCAUCCUACUACUAGUGCAUGUUUUGACUUAAUUCAUGUUGACAUUUGGGGAAAAUAUUCUACCCCAACUCGUGUUAAUCAGUCUUAUUUCCUUACUAUUGUUGAUGAUUACUCUAGAAUGACGUGGACUUAUUUAAUGCAUUUUAAAUCUGAUGCUUUACUUGUGCAUUUUCUUAAUUAUGUUAAAACUCAAUUCCAUACUUGUGUUAAAACUUUCCGCUCCGACAAUGGCUUGGAAUUUACUCAAUCAUCCUUUCAAAAUCUGCUUCUCCAAAAUGGAAUUAUUAUCCAAACCAGUUGUCCCGGCACCCCCCAACAAAAUGGGGUUGUUGAGCGCAAACACCGCCAUCUCCUUAAUGUGGCUCGUGCGUUGCGCUUUCAAGCUGGCCUCCCUCUCAAAUUUUGGGGUGAUUGUCUCCUUACCGCCACUUACCUUAUCAAUCGCACCCCCACUCCCAUCCUUCGACACAAAACUCCAUAUGAAAUUCUUUUCCACCAACCACCUUUUUUUAGUCAUCUCCGGUCCUUUGGUUGUCUUUGUUAUGCUUCCACCAUCCAUUACCACCCCGAUAAAUUUUCCCCUCGCGCUAGGCGUUGCAUUUUUAUUGGAUACCCGCACGGUCAAAAAGGCUACCGCCUCUAUGAUCUUGACACUGAAAAAGUUUUUGUUAGUCGCGAUGUCGUUUUUCAUGAACACAUUUUUCCUUUCCAUGCGACUUCUGAAGAUUCCACCGAACCCUCUCAUGUUCUGCCCCUUCCCAUUCCUGAUCUUCCUUCUUCACCUACACACCCGCACACCACCUCACCUUCCAGCCACUCCCAGCGACCAUCCUCGUUUGAGGAUAUUGUGCCCCAUCCUGUUAACCAUGAAGGUGUUGACCAUCCAUCACCCUCUAUCCCAGCAACUACCUCCCACCCCGUCCUUGACCCUCAUUCACCUAUCCUUAACCGGGCUACUCCAGACCCAUCUAGCUCCCUCCCACACACCGUGAGUCCCAACCCGUCCUCUCAGCAGCCACCCCGCCGCUCUAACCGCAUCUCUAAACCUCCGACUUAUCUUAAGGACUAUGCUUGCAAUCUCUCUACCAUUCACACCCGUCCGGUUCCAUAUCCUAUUCACUCCUCCCUCCACACCCCCAACUACACACCCCGACACCUCCUAUUUAUUAAUAAUAUCACCAAACUUGUGGAACCCACUUCUUAU